GGAGCAGGAAGAGGGGAAGACUCCCGCGACAACUGCGCUUUCCGGAUGUCAAUGUGUCCUUUGGUCUCUACCGGUAUGCAACCGUAGGUGACUUUUAUCUACUUUACUGCAACACUAUGGUUUCGAUAGUUUCGUCGCUGGAUGUGGGGUUUUUUCAGACUCUCGAAUCAGUGUCUGAAAGUACCGUUCUCAUUCGAGACGAGCUGUACGGCGACCAUACAAUUUCAGAGCCCGUAUUGGUGGAGCUACUUCGUUCCCCUACGCUUCUCCGAUUGACAGGUGUCUAUCAAUACGGUGUGACAGGUUUGUUAGGCUUGGCUCCCAAAGUGACCCGGUUCGAGCACUCCGUGGGCACAUUCCUGCUGGUACGCAAAGUUCGUGCCAGCGUCGAGGAGCAGGUUGCUGCUCUUCUUCACGACGUCAGUCAUACCGCACUCAGCCAUGUAGCUGACUGGGCACUUUCGAAACCCGGUGAGGGAAGUUUUCACGAAGUUCACAAAGCACGAUAUAUCAGGACGACUCCACUGCCACAAAUUCUCACCAAGCAUGGAUUUGGAGAUUUGAAAGCGCUCAACGAGGAACUUUAUCCCCUAGUGGAGAUGCCCUCGCCUCACCUCUGUGCUGAUCGGCUUGACUACUCGCUGCGAGACGCAGUAGGUUUUGAAAAACUUGCGCUAAAAGAUGCCCAACGGGUUUUUGCCUCUUUGAAAGCAUUUCCAGAUGCAUCAUCUCCACGUAGACUGCUCGUGCUGGAGGAGGAACAGCUAGCUUUGACGCUAGCACGGGCAUACUUGGCAACCGACAGGGAUGUUUGGUCAAACAAAGCUCACAUCGAUUUGUACCGGAGGACUGGCCAGUUGAUUGGAGAGAUAAUUAGACGCGGAGGUGUGAAGGAGGACGCUCUAUGGAGUUUGUCCGACCAGGAUUUUUGGGAGUUGUUGCGUAGUGCGGCUGAUCCUAACGGCUUGGAGACAAUGAAGCGUUUGGAGUCCGAAGGUCUUCCCAAGGAAGAUGGCCUGCGUCUUCCACAGGGCGCAAAAGUUCGCACACUGGACCCGGAUGUCUGGCUUCGAACUACGGAAGAGCCAUUGCCUUUGUCCACCGUGCGCCCUGAGUGGGGUCUUGAGCGGCAAGACUACAUUUUGAGUCGUGAAGCCACGCGGGUUUGAAUGCUCAAAAUUGUAGUUCUCUGAUACUGAUCUUCAACUGACAAAAUACAUAUCCCAUAUUAGAAAAAGUCUAUGUUCACCUUAACCUAAUAUCUGGGUUUUUCACAAUAAUGUAUUAUUCAAUAAUAAAC